AUGGUCAUCUUCUUACACCUUUUCCCAAUAUUUUUAGCACAUCCGAUACCUCCAUUUCAAAAGAGCGACACGGAGCCGAAGCCUCCUGAUUGGAGCACCGAGACAUCCCCAGCCCAAAGCUCAGCGACAUCACUAAGGACGGCUCCUACAGAUGAUUCGUCCAUUAAAACGAAUGCGUCAAGUAUCGCUAUAAGGUCUCGGGCAGUAGAACCAGUGACCGAACCAAUCACAAAUACAGCCAAGCCUAGCACUAAAAUACUUCCAGAGUUUCUGGUAAAUCCAGAGAAUAAGCCGCCAUUCGAAUCCAACCAGACUUUAGAAGCCUUGAAGACAAGGGAUGAUAAUUUCAAAAAGACGUCCAGUGAUUCAGGGGCGAUGACUAUUGGUGUGCUUGUUGCGGUAAUUGGAGCCAUCAUUGGACUCGUUAUUGUCAUUAUCAUUCGCCAACGAAAGAAAAUAAAGAUAAAAUAUAAACAAGACAAGAAAGGUUCAGUUCCAGCUCGACAACCGUUCGGACCAGCGUAUGGGAACUGUGUGACAAAGCUUUGCAAAUCAAAUUUACUGCAGAAGAGCAGCAGUCAGCUAGAGGAAAUACCCAGGAAAGACAUCCGUUUCCUCAACACCCUUGGGAAAGGAAUGUUUGGCACAGUGGUAAAAGCUGAGGUGUACAAUCUACGCCACAGGGGAAUCUUGAAGACUGCAGGAGAGUGGACGACAGUGGCUGUGAAGAUGACAUUGGUUUCAGGCCAUCAAAAUGAAGAGGUCAAGGCUGAUUUCUUAGCGGAACUCUAUCUCAUGAAGUCUCUUCCCCCUCAUCGGAAUGUUGUGGCCAUGUAUGGAAGCUGUACUGGCCAGGAUCCUUAUCUCAUGCUGAUAGAGUUCGCAGUGCACGGUGACCUCAAGAGCCAUCUGAUGAAUCUGAGAGAACGCGGUGAGAAUGAUUCCCAGGAAACUGUGGUAUAUACCAUCCACCUAGACAGCUCUAAAGACAGGCAAAGAAUCAGCAGUGAAGCCCUGUCUUCCAAAAUGAUGUUCUCUUUUGCCUUACAGAUAGCUCGUGGCCUUGAACACCUGGCCACAAACAAGGUCGUCCAUAGAGAUGUCGCUGCCAGGAAUAUCUUGCUGUUUGAACGCAAUGUCGUGAAGAUCUCAGACUUUGGUCUUGCAAGACGUGUUGGACAAUGGGAUGUCUAUGAGAGAACUAGAAAGGGUUUAUUACCAGUGCGUUGGAUGUCUCCAGAAACUCUGCUGUGUAAUCAGUUUGGCGAGAAGUCUGAUGUUUGGUCUUUUGGUGUUCUACUUUGGGAGAUGGUAACUUUAGGUUCAACGCCGUACUCAGAGUUCGAUUUUGAUCAAGUCGUUGAAAAAAUCAAAGGGAGAGAACUGUUGACAUUUCCUUACAAUGCCGAAGGAGUGAUAAGUGCACUAAUGAUGACAUGUUGGCAAAGUUCUGCAGACGACAGACCCACAUUCUCGAAACUGUGUAAACAAAUAGAGAGGUUGCUGGAAGAAAACUCGGACUACAUCGAUCUGGACGUGCCAGAUGAUCAUGAGUACAGCACAGUGACCUAG